GGAUCUCCACACUCUUCACUUUCCUUUCUUCUUUUUUAUUUUCUCUGACAAUGAGUGUUCGCUACUGAUUCAGCAGAAGAAGAUGGGGGCAGAGUCACAAAUUCCACGAAGCUUAAUCCACAGAAUCUACGCUCCAUUUGCUAACGAAUUUCCUUUUGCAGCGCCCAUCUCCUCCUCCAGAACAGAUGAACGCGAACUCGUGCGAGGUGUUCUACGAAUGCUGCAAGGGUUUUCUUGUUCCCUGUUCUCUUGGGAUAACACUUCAAACAGUUUCCGUCCCGAGAGCGGAGUGUACGUGAGUCACCUCUCUCUGAAAAGUCUCCAUUGUCUUCUCAAUCAGUUUAUCCACGCGGCAACGUGUCUCCAAUUGGUUGGGAUUUCACUCAGUAAAGUUGAAACUGCAGUGCCAAAACCUCCUCCUACUUUGGGCGCAUUUGCGUGCUCUGCUUCAGCGUGCCUCAAGCGGUUGCGGAAUAUUGCUCUGAAGGAGGAAACGUCCACGAGCAAUGCCGAUGACAUAACCACUCCAACCUUGUUAGGAUUGGCUAAUUCGUUAUCGAGUCUUUGCUCAGGUGCUGAGUUCCUGUUUCAAGUAGUGCAUCAGGCCAUCCCUGCUGUAUACUUUGAGUUUGGUGUGUCUGUACCUGCAGCAGACCUCGCUGUUCAUGUGCUUGACUAUCUACAUAUGAAGCUUGAUGAAAUGUGUCUUGUUCAAGGUGGUGAGGAGGAAGCUUAUCAGAUGGUGCUUUAUAUGUAUGUUGGAAGCUUGUUGCCAUAUAUUGAGGGUCUCGAUUCCUGGCUUUUUGAAGGAAUUAUUGACGAUCCUUUUGGUGAGAUGUUCUUUUUUACUAAUAAAGAAGUCUCAGUUGAUGGGGCUGAGUUCUGGGAGAAGAGUUAUUUAUUAAGAAUGCUACAGCAUAGCAAGUUAGAUUCAGAAUUAUCUUCCACAAAUCAUGUCAACGAUUCUGUGCCAGCAUCAGAUAACAAGGAAACGGACAGGAGGGGUUCCAUCCCUUUGUCUAGUACAAUUAAAGGAAAAGAGCAUAGCAAUAGAGACCAUCCAGCUUGUCCUCUUUUUAUUAAGGAUUUAACUAGAUCAAUAGUUUCUGCUGGGAAAUCUUUGCAGCUGAUGCGGCAUGUACCUAAUUCUGCAGUGAAUUGUGGCAAAGGAAGUAAUUAUGAGAUUGGAAGCACCAAAUGUUUAAACUAUGGUUUAUAUCCUUUUAAGAGAAUGGCUGGGCUAUCGUUGUCAGAAGUUUUUUCUGUAUCACUAGUUGGACUUAUUGGUCAUGGUGACCAUGUUUGUAAGUACUUUUGGCUAGAUAACUGGUAUGUAAAUGAGGAAAAAACAGAUAAUGAGAAUAAUGAAAAAUUAAUUGCUCCACCUCACUCGGAGAAGACUUGGUAUAAUUUCUUGAUUGAUACAUUAUAUCAGAAAAGAUCAGCUAUUUUGAAACUAAAUUAUGAGGACAUAAAUAAUGACACAAGAGAGCUGGGAGGGGCUACAGUUAUUGAAGACGAAGAGCUUCUCAGGUCAUCCAUAGAAAAUCCAGUUAUUACUGUAUGUCGAACAAGCAUUGGAAAGAAAGGGGAUGCCAUGAAAACAUUAAAUUUAUCUCGAAAGUUCAGCUUGCCUUCAUUAAAUGAUGUGGGUUUAAGAAAGGCUAUAUUUGGUGGAGAAAGAACAGCAUUUUCUGAUAGUGAAGGAACAAACUAUACUUUUGGCUUUCACUUUGGUGAAUCUGAAUACCGCCGCUCACAGGACGAGAGAAAGCUGUUAGAAAUGUUGUUUCCUUUUCCCACAAUUUUGCCUUCGUUUCAGGAUGAUGUUCCUUUGUCAGAGCUCUUGCCUUUUCAGAGAAACAGCAGUCUUAUUUCAAGAGUUCUUCGUUGGAUGCAAAAGGUUGACCUAAGAAUUACUCCGCUUCCUCUGGUUAUUGUGCAGUAUUGUCUCACUGUCUACAUUCAGAAACAGGUGGAUUAUAUUGGAGUGAAUAUGUUGUUAAAGUUGAUGAACGAAUGGAGAUUGAUGGAUGAGCUUGCAGUGUUGAGAGCUAUAUACUUGCUAGGUUCAGGUGAUUUGCUGCAACACUUUUUGACUGUAAUUUUCAAUAAGUUAGAUAAGGGUGAAGCAUGGGAUGAUGAUUUUGAAUUAAACACGAUAUUACAGGAAUCAAUCAGAAAUUCUUCUGAUUGUAUGCUGUUAAGUGCUCCAGAUUCCUUGGUAGUGUCGAUAACCAAAAAUCUUGUUGACAGUGAUGAGGAAGCUAGCACAGCUGGUGUUGUUUUGAGUACUCCCCGUCAAAGUCAUGUCAAUAGCUUUGGAAUUAAUGGCCUUGAUAUGCUCAAAUUCACGUAUAAGGUCCCUUGGCCUCUUGAACUUAUUGCAAAUACAGAGACAAUUAAGAAGUACAACCAGGUGAUGCGGUUCUUGUUGAAGGUCAAGCGUGCAAAAUUUGUACUGGAUAAAGUGCGGAGAUGGAUGUGGAAGGGUAGGGGAUCUGCUACAAACAACAGAAAGUAUCAUUGGUUAGUGGAGCAGAAACUCCUUCAUUUUGUGGAUGCAUUUCACCAAUAUGUGAUGGAUCGGGUAUAUCACAGUGCAUGGCGUGAACUAUGUGAAGGUAUGACUGCAGCAAAAUCUCUGGAUGAAGUCAUUGAAGUCCAUGAGUCUUACAUAUUAUCAAUUCAGCGGCAGUGCUUUGUGGUUCCUGAUAAGCUGGGGGCUCUUAUUGCCAGCCGCGUCAACAACAUCCUUGGCAUAGCUUUAGACUUUUAUAACAUACAACAGACAUUAAGUAGCGGUGGAGCUGUUUCUGCAAUCAAAGCUAGGUGUGAGAUGGAAGUGGACCGGAUAGAGAAACAGUUUGAUGAUUGCAUUGCUUUCUUACUUAGGGUUUUAUCGUUCAAACUAAAUGUCGGGCACUUCCCUCAUUUGGCUGAUUUGGUGACCAGAAUUAACUACAACUAUUUCUACAUGUCUGCUAAUGGAAAUUUGAUGACUGCCUCCAGUUCUGGAAGUGUUACUUCAAGGUUGGGGAAGAACCCUGGGUAAAUUGUUUGAUCUUAUGGUGGAUUGUGAUAACUUUAAUCUGAAAAUGAGAAUAGUUUGCACCUGCUUUCAUGUUGUAAAGUAUUUUGAGAGAGAAUAUCUUCCAUUUGCUUGGUCUUUGAGCUUAGUGGAGGGGGAACAAUUGAAGGCAGUUGUUACUUGUUAUCCGUGUUGCCUGUAAAUGCAGGGCCACUUGUCUGGCAGCUUGCCUGAGUGUAUAGUAAGAUAUAAUUUUAAAUUGUAUGUCACCAACAUAGGAUCAACUCCUACUUUUGUCUGUUUGUGUAAGCCUGCGCCGAGUUCUCUCUGUCUGGUAUGUUUCGUUUAAUUUAUUUUAAUUGUCAGAUUUUAAAAGCCUUUUGAAAAUAAUUAUUGAAUCUUACUAAUAAGUGUCUUAAUGGUCUAAUUAAGGAAUUAAUAAUAGGAAGAUUUUAUUAGAAAUUGUGUUGGAUUGGGUGCAUUGAAGAAAAUCAUGGUAUGUAUUAAUAUUUUUUUAGUAUAAACAUUUUACUUUUGAUCUUUUAACUAGUGUUUAAAAAGUAAUUACAUUUGUUGUAAUUGUCAGAUUUAAAAAUAUUCUCAACUAAGCAUGAUUAAGUCGUGCCAGAAGAUUCAACACAAACGUCCAAGGAUGACAACUGUCAAAGUUCUUGAUUUUUGAUGGAGAUCAUGGUUGGCUUCAUUCAAAACAGUGGUCCAGGGUUAUAAGCAUUUAAAAGCGCAUCCCCAGAAUGAACAACUCUGAUAUAAGACCAUAUAAGGCACAAUUCUGGCAUUGAAUGAACGACAGCCGCACAAUAGUAGAAAUUUAGACCACGACUAAACACAAGAAAUCGAAGACAGCGAUGUCAUGAAAUUCCCAAUGAGUAUGACAAUGGUGUAAUGGUUCUUGGCCAUUAUAAUCUCCAAAGCAUACAUGAUGCUCUAGAUCCCUGAAUUCUUGCCAACGACUGUUCAUAAAUGCAAAUAAUUAGAAAUUCAAAAUACUCCAUAAGUAGUUUUUUUUUAAAUUAUUCAAAUGUUUUAAAAAUACAAACUUGAUAGGUAAUUGAAAAUGUUGAAAGCAAAUACUUGGUUGUGGAUUUAAGGAUUUUUUCCCCCUGGAAUUUCCACUGAUUUGUUAUACUCGUCAAAACAGGGGAAAACGGCAAAAGAAAAGAUGGAGGGUCCUAAUUCUUGAGUCAUUUGAAUUGGAGUAGUGUCUGUUGUUACUCAUUUAAAUAAUAUAUUUUUGUUAGGCAAAUUAAAUUUAAAAUAUUUUAGAUAAAAAUGUCACAAUAAAAGAGUGACAAAGAAGAGAAGAUAAGAGAGUGAAAAAAAGAGACUCUUGUUGGGUGUGUGGACCAGAACCAUCUUGAGAAGGGAUGAAGCCAAAGUAUUCUGGAAUGAGAUGUUGACGCACUUGUGUGGAAUUAAAAGAGUUUCUACCGUAUUGUUAAGGUUGUUCACUCAUGGCUCCAUACAGUACCCGGACUCCUGAAAAAGCUUUUGGAUGUUGUUUUGAAAAGGGCUUCUCGAGAAAAGGGUAAGCACUUUUCUCUCUAAAGAUUCCACUUUUCUGAUUGUUUUUUGCCUUUCCUUUCGUCCUUUUACUGUUCCUCGGGGUUCCUCAACUCAGUCAGGUAAUAAUAAUAAUAUACCGCUAGUUAAGUUAACCCUUCCAAGUUCCAUCAAAACCAGGGGUGUCAAAAAAAAAAAAAAAAAAAA